CCCCGCCGGCUGCUAUUUCUGCUAAUCCCGGCGGCGGGGCCCGGCCGUGCCGCUCGGCAGCCGCCGCUCCCGGACGGCGCCCGGCGCCGCAGCCAUGGCCAUGGGGUGCGUGGGGGUCCUGGCUACCCCAGAAGACCCCGAGGAGCAGCGGGGUGCCCAGGGGGAAGGCCCCAGUCCCUGUCCCCCGGAGUGCCAGGAGCUGACUGCUGUCCCCGUGCCACAAGCUAUAAAGCGCUUCCUGAAGGAGGACUCGGAGGAGGCUGAGCUGACCCAGUUCCUGCAGGAUUGCCCACCGGCUGACAGCCCCAGGAAGGUGGAGCCCCCGGAGAGCUGGCGGGAGCCUGGCCACCGCCUCUGCGGUGUGGGCAGGGUCCCCCCUGACGAACCUGUCGAUGAGAGGGACACCAGGGUCUUCUCACGGUCUCAGCCCUUGGAUUUCCAGCAGCACAUCGCCGCCCCCCCGCCCCCCAGCCCCAACCGCCCCCGGAGCCCCUGGGGGCAGCUGGACCCCUACGACUCCUCUGAGGAUGACAAGGAGUACGUGGGCUUUGCCACGCUGCCCAACCAGGUCCAUCGGAAGUCAGUGAAGAAGGGCUUCGACUUCACCCUCAUGGUGGCAGGGGAAUCUGGGCUGGGCAAGUCCACCCUGGUCAACAGCCUCUUCCUGACGGACAUGUACAGAGACCGCAAGCUGCUGAAUGCUGAAGAGCGUAUCAUGCAGACGGUGGAGAUCACCAAGCACGUCGUGGACAUCGAGGAGAAAGGUGUCAAGCUGCGCCUGACCAUUGUGGACACGCCAGGCUUCGGCGAUGCUGUCAACAACACUGAGUGCUGGAAGCCAGUGGCUGACUACAUCGACCAGCAGUUUGAGCAGUAUUUCCGUGACGAAAGUGGCCUCAACCGGAAAAACAUCCAGGACAACCGUGUCCACUGCUGCAUCUACUUCAUCUCACCCUUUGGCCAUGGGCUCCGUCCCCUGGACGUGGAGUUCAUGAGAGCCCUGCACCAGCGGGUGAACAUCGUGCCUGUGCUGGCCAAGGCUGACACCCUGACCCCUGCUGAGGUGGAGCGCAUGAAGAACAAGAUCCGGGAGGAGAUCGACCAUUACGGCAUCCGCAUCUACCAGUUCCCCGAGUGUGACUCGGAUGAGGAUGAGGAGUUCAAGCUGCAGGACCAGGCGCUGAAGGAGAGCAUCCCCUUCGCCGUCAUUGGCAGCAACACGGUUGUGGAGGCCAAAGGCCGGCGCGUCCGCGGGCGCCUCUACCCCUGGGGCAUCGUGGAAGUGGAGAACCCAUCCCACUGUGACUUUGUGAAGCUGCGGACGAUGCUGGUGAGGACCCACAUGCAGGACCUCAAGGACGUGACGCGGGAAACCCACUACGAGAACUACCGCACGCAGUGCAUCCAGAGCAUGACCCGCAUGGUGGUGAAGGAGAGGAACCGCAACAAGCUGACACGGGAGAGCGGGACCGAUUUCCCCAUCCCUGUCAUCCCCCCGGUGCCAGAUGCGGAGACGGAGAAGCUCAUCCGUGAGAAGGACGAGGAGCUACGGCGGAUGCAGGAGAUGCUCCAGAAGAUCCAGAAGCAGAUGAAGGACUCGCACUAGCCCCUUCCUCCUCCUCCUCAACCCCCCAGAUCAGAAAUGUUUACAUCACGCUCCAUCCUGCCCCAGCCCUGCUGUGAGACUUGGUACCAACACCGCACCCGCCACCUUAAGCUGCUGCGGUAUCGCCUUAUUCAAUUGGCCAGCUCCCAUCCCAUGGGGACAGCGAAGGGACAGGACGCCCAGCCUGGGGGUCCGUGUCCUGGCCAGACUGCUGCCCCAGCCCCUCCACCAGGCUGGGGACAGCUUUGUCCCCCAAGCUUUGGUUUUCCCUGUUUCCCCCGCAGCUCUGGGGAGGGCUACCAGCCAGUCUGCUCCCCAUGUCGUGUCACUGGUCCCUGUGUCACCUAAAGCUGCCCGCUUACAGCCUUUAUGCUCAGCUUGGCCAUGGAUUAAGGGAAGAGGGAAAGGGGGGGACCAGUCCCAUCCCCCCAAGCCCCCAGCUGCCCUGCUGUGGGGGACAGGGUUGCUCCCCCCCGGCUUUGGCUGGCACAGAGGGACAGCAGCUCCUGGGACCCACAGGGGACCAAGGGGAUGGAGGGGCAGGCACCAUCCUGGCCAGGCUGGUAGCUGGCUGUCAGGUGCUUGGCUGCCUCCAUGCCAGCACCAGUGUGAAGAGGGACUGAAGCUCAGCAGUGUCCAGCCCUGUGCCCUGAGCAGGGACCCUGUCCCCAUUGAGUGUUGCCCCUGGGGAGCGCCCCGUGUCACCGGGCAGUGGGGAGGGCCAGGGCACGGGCAGCACUGGGGAAUCAGAGUUCCCAGAGAAAGUCCCUUGAACCCCAAAUCAGAGGCUAGGUCCCCAGCCCGGCCCCAACUUGAUGUUGGCCCUGUAAAGCAAUAAUGACAGUCCUGUGCCCGACCUGUGGGAACAGCAUCAUCCCUCGGUGGUGUUUCAGCCCCUGGAGCCACUUGCUUGUCUGUGGUGUCCCUGUGUGUGUCCCCAGGAUGUCACAGCCCCUGCUGCUUCCUGGAAGAGCAUCGCUGUAUGUCCCCCAAGGAUAUUCCCAUCCAUGUUGCUUCCCAGCAAAGCAUUGCUGCGUGUCCCCAUGUUCCUCCGUGAUGUUCCCGUUGGUGUUGCUGCCCUGCAGAGCACUGCAGUGUCCUACGCUGGGCUGUCCCACCUGUGUUGCUUUCCCAGAGGGUACUAUGUGGUGUCCCUGUGUCCCCCCAGGACGUCCCCACUCAUGUUGCUGCCCUGCAGAGCACUGUGUCGUGUCCUGUGUCCCCCCCUAGCCUGUCCCCAUCUGCAUUGCUUCCUGGCAAAGCACCUCUGUGUGUCCCCAGGGCUUGCCCUGGCCCUCACCUCCUGGCCAGCGGCUGCAGGACAUCCCUGGGGAGAUGGACCUGGACCACCCCCAGCUCCCUGCUCCCUCCUGGGUACUUUUCCCAACUGGGAAAUAUGAAAGGAGAUGGUGAGGCUGCUGGGUAGAGGCAGAACUGGGAGCAGUGGGAUCACUGGGAGCUUGCUGGCAUGGGGACAUGGCCCCUGCCUGGCAGGGCCACCGGAGCUGGGGUCCCUGGGGUGGGUUCAGCCCUGGGCGAGGGGUUUGUAUCCAGGUAGCUCAGCUGAUGGGGGCUGCAUCUGACCGAGGUUCAGGGUGGGUGCUGCAGGGUGCUGGGGCAGCGUCCGGCAUGUGCCUCCCAUGUCCCCAUGCCAGCUGGAGGGUCCUUGGCCCCCCCAGGCAGGGCCCCCAUGGGCAGGGCCCCACAGGGUGUAUUAGUGCUUUCCUUUUUUUAAUCUUGCUAUUUUCUUACAGAAAUACCUACCUUUGCAUGAUAGUCAUAGAGGCAUUUAUUAAAGGAUAAGCAGAGUAUAGGUUUAUAAAUUCUUAUAGAGCUAGUGGAAAUAUUUUUAUCCCUCCACAACUGUUCUCAAUAAAUAUGGCUGACCCAG